AAGGACUGGGAGCAGGCAGGCAGCAAGAGCUGGAGGACGCCUGGAUCUGGCUUUUGUUAUUGGUUGGCUCUGGCCUGAUGGAUGGAGGGCGGAGUGAGCUCUUCUCAGUGUGUUCUGCCGGAGCCCAAGUACAGAGACCAUAUUUACAGGUCCAUGUGACAGCUAUGAGUGGAAUUUUAAAGGGGACGUUGGAAGAAGCUGACAGCGCCUCACUCUGCUCUUCUGUGCAGGAAUCAGAUGAUGACGUUUUUAGCUGUUACAGUGCUGAGAGUCUUGAUAGUGUCAGUCUGUCCACACCUGAUCAUUUACCCGAAAAAAUAAGAGGAUAUCAACAGACUGAAAGGAUAUUUUCAGAAGCGUAGGCUCUUCGGAGGAUACUGCAGUUCAUGAGAUCUCAAGGUACAUGUGACAACGCCGCAGCUAUGAGUGGAAUUUUAAAGAGGAAGUUCGAAGAUGUGGACGCCUCCUCACCCUGCUCUUCUGCUCGGGAAUCGGAUGACGAAGUCUCCAGCAGCGAAAGUGCUGACAGUGGGGACAGUGUCAAUCCAUCCACCUCUAACCACUUCACGCCUUCCUCCAUCCUCAAAAGGGAGAAACGGCUGAGGACGAAGAAUGUGCACUUCAGUUGUGUCACCGUGUACUACUUCACCCGGAGGCAGGGCUUCACUAGUGUGCCCAGCCAGGGUGGCAGCACUCUGGGGAUGUCCAGCCGUCACAACAGUGUGCGCCAGUACACCCUGGGCGAGUUCGCAAGAGAGCAGGAGCGGCUGCACCGGGAGAUGCUGAGGGAACACCUCAGGGAGGAGAAGCUCAACUCUCUAAAACUAAAGAUGACUAAGAACGGCACUGUAGAAUCUGAGGAAGCUAGCACUCUGACCGUGGAUGACAUUUCCGAUGACGAUAUUGAUUUAGACAACACAGAAGUAGACGAAUACUUCUUCCUACAACCCCUGCCCACAAAAAAGCGGAGAGCUCUGUUGCGAGCCUCGGGGGUGAAGAAGAUAGACGUUGAAGAGAAGCACGAGCUGCGGGCCAUCCGCCUGUCUCGGGAGGACUGCGGCUGUGACUGCAGAGUGUUCUGUGAUCCAGAAACAUGUACCUGCAGCCUGGCAGGCAUUAAAUGUCAGGUGGAUCGUAUGUCUUUCCCAUGUGGCUGCACUAAAGAAGGCUGUAGCAACACAGCAGGUAGAAUUGAAUUUAAUCCUAUCCGUGUCCGGACUCAUUUUUUGCACACAAUAAUGAAACUUGAACUGGAGAAGAACCGAGAGCAGCAAACCCCCACGCUGAACGGCUGCCACGGGGAGAUAAGCACCCACGGUCCUUCCAUGGGCCCUGUCGCUCACUCUGUAGAAUAUUCCAUCGCAGACAAUUUCGAGAUUGAAACCGAACCCCAGGCUGCCGUGCUGCACCUGCAGGAGGAACUGGAUUGCCAAGGAGACGAGGAGGAAGAGGAGGAGGAUGGAAGCAGUUUCUGCAGCGGAGCUACUGAUUCUAGCACCCAAAGCCUGGCCCCCAGUGAAUCAGAUGAGGAAGAGGAGGAGGAAGAGGAAGAAGAGGAAGAGGAGGAGGAAGAUGACGACGACGACAAGGGAGAUGGCUUUGUAGAAGGGCUGGGAGCCCAUACGGAAGUCGUCCCGCUUCCUUCUGUCCUUUGUUACUCCGAUGGCACCGCAGUUCAUGAAAGCCACACAAAAAAUGCUUCAUUUUACGCUAGCUCUUCAACUCUCUACUACCAAAUAGAUAGUCACAUCCCAGGAACUCCUAGCCAGCUCUCUGACAACUAUUCUGAAAGAGAUGCUGUCAAAAACGGUGCCCUUUCGCUGGUGCCUUACGCCAUGACCCCAGAGCGAUUUGUUGACUAUGCCAGGCAAGCAGAAGAGGCCUAUGGAGCCUCCCACUACCCAGCUGCCAAUCCGUCUGUCAUCGUUUGCUGCCCCACCUCUGAAAAUGAUAGUGGGGUGCCCUGUAACCCCUUAUAUCCUGAACACAGGCCUAACCUUCCCCAAGUGGAGUUUCACUCAUACUUGAAAGGCCCUUCCCAGGAAGGGUUCGUCUCCACAUUGAAUAGCGACAGCCAUAUUUCAGAGCAUCCUGCAGAAAAUCCUUUGAGCCUUGCAGAAAAGAGCAGAUUGCAUGAUGAGUGCAUUCAGUCCCCCGUGGUGGAAACGGUCCCCGUUUAGUCGCUUAAAUUAUUCUAUUAUAGGACCAAGUCUUCUAUUUAAGGCACUGUAUUGCCUUUGCUGGGCUCAUCAUUGUUUAAACCUGAAGACCAAGAAUAUGUGGACUGUGAUUAAUCUUCCAGACAGUAUUUCUUUCCUUCCUUUCUAGCUUCCCAACUGUGGCGUGGCACAAAUACAGUCGCUAUGGGGAUUUUAAACGAUUUUGAACUGUUUUGAUAGAAAAUGCUAAAUUAAAAAAAAAUGCAUAUCUCACAGUUGCCUACCUGUCAAACUGUGUGAAACCUGCCAAGCUAUGCACAUCAUAGCUCCAAGUUUUCGAUUAUCGGGCCUGUGCAAGAUUGUUAACUAAGACUAGAAAACAAGCAGAUUUAGAGUCCUAAUUUUUCGAUAUAUCUGAAGAUGAUGGUGACUUUUUAAUGUAAAAGUAAUUAUUGUAAGAAAAAAAAGAUUGAAUCGUUUCUUGUGUAUUUUAUUUAUGGUAGUUUAGAAGUCAUGCUUUGAAGAAAAUGAACAGCAUGUUCAUUGACGCUGAAGAUGUGUUAGCUAGCACCACAGAGCAUGCCCAGAGAAUUGCUUCUGGAAUCCACCUACAUUUUUACGAUCAUGAUUAAGCAGAUUUGCAAAUACUUUCUUAAGGAUGAAAUAGGCCUAUUUUUGCUAUUUGGGACAAAUGAGUCUAUAUGUGCAGGUCCUUAUGCAGUUUUCUCUCGUUAAGAGUUAGGACAAUCCUCUGGUGGGGGUUCAGUCCUCUUGCUCUCCCUCAGCUGAGAUAGACAGAAUUUCCUUUCUUUUUCAAACAGCGUCAUCUUGUUUAUUAGCUUGGACAGCACCUUUAAACUCUACUCCCUCCACCAGAAUGCACUUUAGUGCCCCUUCAUGGUACCUCAUGUGGGAUGGGGGUCUCAGAUUGCUUUGAAAUAAAAUUUUUUUAAUUAUUAAAAAAAAUAACUAUUGUAAGGUUCAUACAAUAGAGAGGAUUCUUCCAAUGAUAUGAAGGAAAAUGACUUGUUUCUUGUUUUCCUUCACCACUCCUAGGACCUAACUCAAUCCUAACAGAGAGAAGGCUGGGGGUGGGGAUGGGAGUGGGGACAGAGCCUCAGCACCCCAUCUACAUAGUGAUCAGCCUGUCUCUACAAAUCCAAAAAUGUGUAAAGGGAUUUCCACUUACUGACAAGCUGAUUGAAGGCAGGCCUGGGCUCACAUACUCACCAGGCCUCAUUUUCUGGAGCAUUUUUUUUUUUUUUUUUAUCUGUCUUGCCUGAGAUAGUCAGCAGCGUGGUCCAGAAUGCAUUAUGAAGGCAGCCACCUCACAUUCUCUUCCUUAGUAAAGAGAAUGGCUAGAAAGGAAACAUGUGCUCCCCCACAGACCCCCCCUCCCCGCCCUCUGCCUCUAGAAUGCCCGCUUCGAGACUCAAAGGACUUGAGUCUCGGAGGACUUGGAGCAACUUCUUUCCUAUCAGUUUAAGCAGCUAGAGAGCAAGCAUUACAGUUUCCCCCAAUGCAGUCAUCAUGCUGAAUCCUUUUGACAUUGUAUUGUAAAGUCAUUUCUAUACUUUAAGUCUAUUUAAAAUGUAGACACACCCCUGCUAUAUAGUAACUGCAUUUCUAAGUUUUUUUAUGCCUCCUUGAUGUGGCCAUUUGAAUAACUUUUAGAUUUCAGUUCCUUACAGAAUUGUAUUUGAUUUGACCAAGCUUGAAUGUGCUUCAGAGUCCUCUGAUGAGAAGCCUUUAUUUAAACUAGAUGUAGGGAAAGUAUAUUCACUUGUGGAGUUGUUCCUUCUCUAUGCCACCUCAAGACUAAAUCAACAUUAAUUUUUACUAAAAUUUAAAGGACUUUGGGUUUGUCGUGCUAUUGGAAGCAACAGUGGGGGCCCAACUACUCCUUUUGGUUGACCAGUGGGGCUAAUCUGGUGGGAAUUUACUCAGAUUGAGGUAAUAUGUCCCGAGUUCUCUGCAGCGUUGCCAUUAUUAACAUUUGAUUUCCAGUUAUGCUGCCUCCUGCCUACGCCAUCUAAAGGGCAGGGGCUCAAAGAAGAAAUAACAAAAGUCUAUUGUUCCUUCAUUCAAGCAAAUGAAAGAAUUCUGUGUUCCCAAUUUGCUGGACCAUUCCAACCUCUGGAAGUAUCUACUGGUGAAGCACUCACAGGCUUUUCUUAGAACAGAGGGUCUGGAGGCUCAGAGUAAUCCUGACUAAGGUAGGGUUGAUUUGGUGAAUGACAGUCUGCUUCCUGGAUCCUCAGAGAUGUAUCUUUCAGCCCAGCUUUAUUUUCACAAGGAUUGAAGCAUUUUUGUAUUUCAUUGAAUUUUGUGUUUCUCUUUUGUAACUUUAGCUUUUCCCAAAAGGAUACUUCAGAAAGAGAGCUUUCUUCCUCUCUCUAUUCAAUUGAGAUAGAAAGUUUCACUCUGCUAAGGAUAAUUACCUUUCUAAGCAUGAAAGCCGCCAUGCUAAGUUUCCCAUCCCUAAGUAAACAUCCCUCACAAAUCAUAACAGGUACAGGCUACCUGUUUUAGCAACACCAGCAAAUCAAACCCUGCAUAGCUAUCUUUACUAGACACACACAAACACAGAAUACACAUACACCACUGAGUGUGGCAGACUGUAGGCAGUAGCUAGUAAUGAGUACUGGAUAGUUAGUUCCUAAAGUACAACCAGGUUCUACUUUGCCUAAAACCAUAGCGAGAGGAGAAUUUUGAGAACAGUUGGUUGAAAAUACUCAAAGUUACAAAUAAUAUUAAUGAGGAGUUAUUUCAUUGUGACUUCCUUCCCCAGAAGGAACUGAACUGAGAACACAAUGAUUCUUCUGGAUUCUUCUCGCUAAUAGGCCUACUCAAUUGAGUUGCUCAUGUGCCAGGCAAGUGCCACAGUGAUUACUGCUUUUCAAAGGGAGAGGAGCACUUUGCUGCAACCAGGUUGAGACACUAAAUCUUUGUACCAAGGCACAAUGAUUUGACUUGCAGCUGUUGUUUUACUUCUGUAGUAUGACUAACCAAACUAUAGUCUCUCUUUGCACACAGUUCCCAAGUCGAGCACUAUCAACUGCAAAGCCCAAUGCUCCAGAUCCUAUCUAUUGGUUUAAAGAUUUGAUUCCUAGCUAUACUGGCCAAACUGAUUUGCAAGUCAAGUGACCUGAACAGCCUUAAUCCCCUUUAAUUUUUUUUUUUAAUUUUUCAUUGGUAGAAACAUAAACAAAUCAUUAAAAUGUGUAUAAAAUCCAAUUGUCUCUUUUCUUUUGGUAGAUUGAAUAGUAGACUAUUUGAAAGCCAGUCUUGUGAUAGAAUUAUGUUUUUCUCACCAUGUCAUGCCAACCACAUGUAAAAUAGCUAACAUUUCCUCAAGGGAGGAAAGCCUUCUAAUCACAUGGCCUAGCAGGACCACCUCCUUCUGCUCACUCCUACAAAGCAGUGCCAGUUACAGCAAAUUGCCACAAUUCUCAAGAAGACUGAGGUUAUAUUGAUUAUAUUCUAGGCAAAAUUUUUACUUAGAUUUCAUUAAACAAGAUUACCAUGAUUUAUUUUGUAAUAGAUACCUCACAUCUUUUUAUUGCUACCUUGUACAAGUUCUUAAUGACUUGGCAUUGAUCUUCAGAAUGAGUUAGCUAUCCAUUUUUUCUUUUAACCAAUAUUUAUUGAAUACCUCCUAUGUUAUAACAGCCGACCUGGUAGCAAAAAGAGCAAGGGACUCCCAUAUUUGGAAGAGGGAGGGCAAAGAAGGGUGACAUGAGAUGGUCAAGCCUCUUCAAAUCCUUCUCCAUUGGAAUCCUCCGUGUCCUGUUGGAAACACUGUCACCCAUUCUUCUAAUUCUGUACAACCUGCAUCUAGAUAAUGCUGACUUCCCUAAAUUGAUGGACCUUAGUACAACUUCCUGAAGCUUAGGAAAUAAGUUUGGAUGUAUUAAUCUAAGUUUGAAGUAAGACAUUCAGAGAAUUGUUUCUUGGAUGCAGCGCUAUCUAAGAAAAUGUCAACUUUAUGCCAGUAAAGCUUCCACCAGUUUCGAGAGGAGGGCUGACUAAUUUAGAACCCAAAGAACUUCAAAAACAGCAAGGGACAUGACCCUCUUACUCAUUUUAUAAACAGCUAUUAAGAUGGAAAAAACCUGCACAAAGGCACUGACUGAAAGAAGAUAGAAAAUGAGAGAGGUUACUUCCUUUAACUGUAGUUACAAUCCAGUGACAGUUUACAGUCAUUAUAGUCAACAUAUGAAAUGCCAAGUGUAAAUGGAAGGCACCUUUAUGCUGUCAAGGUCAAACUGACUAUAAUUUGAAAUUGUAACUUAUUUAUUGUAUCAUUACCAUGACCAACACCUGAAGUGCAGGGCUUGUGUACUUUUACAGGCAAUACAAAACUGAAGUUUCUCAUUACAUAAUUUUCCAAGAAUUAAGAGUUUGUACCCGGAGUCACUUAAAUGUCACAGCUUUGCACCCACAGUUCGGUUCAUCAGAUAUUUUCUGUAGCAUGGUAGAAUUUAAUUGACUGAAGAACCACAAUUGGAAAACUAACUAAAAUUGUGAAAGAGACAGGAUAGGAGUUCAAAUGGAACAUAAGUUUGGAAAUGAUAAUGUCUAUGAACAAAUUAGUAUAUCUCAGCAGUGGUGGACUGGGGGUUAGUGCACAGGACUUCAUAAAUGACAGGAACCCCGAAGCCAGAAAGAUCAGUUCCAUUGUGGCUGCCCCAAGAGCCCAGCUGGUAUUUUAUUUGCUUGCCAACAUCCAAAGCAGUUACAGUUCAUUCUCUAAAAUAGAAGAACACAGACCUCCAGCAAUCUGAAGAAAGUCUUCAUGCACAUGCACAUGCACCCGAGUGCACACACCACUUAAUGUUUAAUGACUAAUCAAAUAACAUUGGCAAAAGUAAGGAAUUUGGAAAUAGAUUUCUCUAACAAAUAUGACUCUAAAACAGCCAGCGUGUAUGCAGUUCCUCCCAUGAAUUCUCAGUCAAGAACAUGAGACCUGGUUACUAAACAGCACAGCAUCUUCCUCUUUUGUUGAGUGUUAGAAACAAAAACCUAGAAGUUGAGUACUGUCCGGGUUUCCUCUAGCGUCAGUAGGAGUAUUAGUCUUAACUGUGUGCUGUCUUGCCUGCCUUGGGAUUUCUCUUCUGAGAACUAAAUCAGAAGAAGGGGAGUUGGAAGAGCAGGAGUGAACUCCAGAGCCUAAACCAUAUGCCUUUUCAGUUCAUUGACUAUGGGUAGAUUUUUUUUUAAUGCCCUUAAUAGAGAAGCUGGAACUUGAGUACAUGCAGAUAUUUCUUACAUAUGGGAAAAGAAAUCACUCCAAAGAUUUAGUUUCUAUGAGUUGCUGUUUUCUUUCCCUGGGAUGAGCUUUUCACUAGACAGGGCCAUUGCUUUGUAUCUGACCCUUCAUGCUUGCUUUUAUUUCAAGGAAAGACAAUUCUAUUGUUAGUUUAUUUCAUCUUUCACAAAAGCAGCCAACCUUAUAAAGGGAGGUGAUCGAUGUCAUUCUAGACAGCAUUUUUACAAGGUAGCUUGGCUGCGAUUCCUCCAUCUAUCUCAUUAGUAUACUGAUAGUAAAGUCAGUUCAAAUUAUAAACUUUGUCACAUGUACAAGGCCAUCUAAGCAUCUUUAAGGAUAAUGUAUGUUGAUUAGAAAGGGCUAUAAGGAGUUAAGUGGAGUAAAAAUCAGCCUUGCUUUUGUCAAACCUGAUUUAUAUGGCUUUCCUGAUUUUUAGUUGUAACUUUAAAAUAUGCCUGUAGUUAAAUGUCUUAUUUCUUCUUUUUAACUCUUUUCCAAUAUUUUUACCUGGCUUGGAAUAACCCUAAAAGUUAUUUAUUAAUGAGUACUUGGAAGAAAGCUGAACUUUAAGAAGUCUUUUUAAAAUGCAUCUAGAAAAUUCUAUCUGGACUAUGUCCUACUGCACCCAAAAUACAACUGUUCACUAUCUUGUCUAGGUCAUGUGGGCUGGGAUAGUUUGAUUGUUAUUUCUGUGUUAUAGAAAUAUCAAAAGGCAAUUUGUAACACAUUUUAUCCAAUAUUGCUUUGCCCUCUUUUCCUAUUGGUUAUCAAUCUUUCUUCCUUUUCUUAAAAAUGCCAUCAAUAUUUAAAAAUCUAACUCAAAGAACUAUGUGAAUUACAAACAUUUAUUUAAUUAUGAAGAAAAGAAAGUACUCAGUUUUAAAUCUAAUUCCUCUACAGAGGGAAAAAAAUGGCUAAAGUUAGGGAAUAAAUUGUUGCCAGUUUAAAAAUCAAGUAUUUAUACUUCAGUGAUGUAAUGGUGCCUGAAUGAUAUCUGGACUUGAUAGCUUUUUAAAUUUUAAUAGCUACAAAUGUCAUUUUUUAAUUACAGUUAAUCACAGUCUACUGCCAGGCUAUGCCAUGUCCAACAGGUAACUUGGAACAGCUUAAUCUUCUUAAAGAUAUUCACAGAGACCAACUAAGCAUGAAUAAUGGAAGGUUUGAGAUUCUUCUGUAUUCUUCAGAUUGUAUAGGCCUGAGCCUAAGGGAGAGCUCCAGAGGUCACAUGGCUCCCUCAUCUACCUCUGGGGAAGACUGUCACUCAGGCAUAUCCAACAACACAGAUACCCAUUUAUUCUUGACACCUCUAGGGAAGAUGGUUUCCUUGGCAACAGAAUCCAGCUCUUUCAGGUUUUCUCACAGUAAGAACAUAUCUUGGCCAGUGCUUGUGGAAGAGGCACCUGGCAACAGUCGUGGUAAUUUGGGCAAUUGUGCUGGAAGACGGGAGAGGUUGGGUCCCCCUUCAUUUGAUGAUUAUUACAUAAGGCGAUUCUCUAAAUGUCUUAAGAAAGCAAAUUUGAAAAGAAAAUGUAGGCACCCGGACACUUAGUAAUGUAACCUGCUUUGGGAAAAUAAGGCACUAGGCAGUUUUUAUUCAUUUAUAUUUACCUUUUCUAAAUUACUGUCAUGUUAGGGGGAGUGAUUAUUUUAUAUCCCAGUCACCAAUAUCAGGACUAGAGUCAAGCAACUUGACUUAAACCCUUCAGUUCUCUGAGAAGUUACAAUUUUAAAGUGAGAAGGCCAUUUUUCUAUGUGCUUGCUUGUGAACAACUACCUUCUUGGUAACCUUCUUUUAGUGUAAGUAACGAAUGAGAAUCUAGGCUUCUCCUCGAAGAGAUGUGAUUAUCUGAAGAAUCUAAUAUGGAGUAAAAUGACUCCAAAAAAAUCACUCAGCCACCAUUUGAUCCCAGCCUGUGUAUGAGGUUGUUGUGUACACAAUGACUGCUUACAUUCUCAGGGAUCAGUGAUUUUUUUUAAAGUAAUUUAAAAACUUGUCAUCUUGACAAGGCUGCAAACUAAAGGAGUUCUAGAAAGGGGUGAUAUUUGUUUUCUUUUUUACCCCCUUUCUUUUCCCUUAAUGAAACCACUUGACUCAGACGCUCUUGACCCAGCCUUGCUUGACCCAGACUUCCUGCGAGCUUUCUGAUUGUUUUCUGUUUGCCACAACUCAGACACAGCACUAGCAGGAGCUGAGGACCACCCCUGGAAGUGAGUGUUUCCUCUCUCCAUGGAUCUUACCCAAUCUCAAUAUGGCUGCUUUUCCCCAUCUGGGUGCUUGAGUGAAAUGACAGCCACAAGAACGUACUUUGUCCUCAUGAGUAACACAACAUGGAAGUGACCCAGUGACACUUCUAGUUAAAAAAAGAAAAAGUUUCUGUAGAAUGCUGAUGUAAUGCAUAGUGAAUCAAAUUUGGCUUAUGUUUUAAUUGACUCUAGGCACCUCAACAGAAAGAAGUCUGAGGCAUAGUUUGUGAAACAUGUUUCAAAAGUGUUUGAUGAUGUAUAAUAAAUGCUAGACAAUACAGUACAGAAAUAGUAAAAGAAAAACUCGAACUUGUAGAUUACAACUCGGUUCCUAAGAACUCAGCCUUUGUUGUGUCUUAGUAAUGUUCCUCUCUGCCUUCUCCUUAGUUUAUCGCAUUUUGGUGUAAUCGCCCUUUAAGAUAGAGCUAUGAAUACCUAUGUACUGGUUUUUGCCUCUUAAUACAGAGAAGGCACUUUGUCCUUCUCAUUUUUCCCUCAGUGUCUGUCACAGGGUAUAUAAAUUUGAUAGGGAAGUUCAUUUAGCAUUGGUCAACAAAACCCAUUUCACAUUUAAAACCCAUCUAUCCAUUGGUUGCAUAGGUAAAUGUCACCCUUUUUACUGUCUUUGUCUUAAUCACAGUCUUAGACAUCAGCCAUGUCUCCACUUGCAAGCUGCCAUAGGAACUUGGUAUAUUUGAAAAACCCUUGUAAGAAGUAGUGAGCUGGUAGAUCACGUGACCCUGAGGACUCAUGCGUCCUUCUGUCUAUGUGGAAACACCUGUGCAUUAGGAAUGCUCCUUAAAUAAGGGAAGUCUUCUGAGGGUAAUUGUUUUAGGUGUUUGCUUUUUGGCCUGUUGGGAGCUGGCAGGGGGUAAAUGCAUCACUAAAAACUCAGAAAAGCCACAGUAUGGUAAAGUGCAUUGUAAUAUUGAUUGAUUUGGGUCUUUCAACUGAUUCUUAUUGCUACUUUUACCCAGGUCAUUACCGGUAUGUGCAUUCUGAUGACUUGUAAAUUUGAAAGGGAAGAAAAUCAAACCACAGUCCAUACACUCAUUUAUACCAUGAUGUCAUGUUGUAUGUCACAGUUGCUAGACUGAUUUCUCUUGUGUACAAGUUAUGACAUCAAAGAUGCCAAAGGGGAUAUGAAAUAAGCUACAAUGAUAUUCAACAGAAUUUAACCUGGACCUUAUGUUGUAAUUAUUUAUUCAUAUUAGCUGUAGUCUUCUGUAUUUAUAUUUUCAGUAUUUAUUAUGAAUGACAUGGAGAUUCCUGUAUUUAUUGUGGCUUUCUGUUGCAGUGUGUGUAUGUAUAUAUAUAUACAUAUAUAUAUUACAAAUAAGCAUUUUUAAGUCUGAUCUUUAAGUUUCUUUUAUUAGUGGCACUUGUAUUGUGCUGUACUUUUCAUUAUAUAUUGUACAAUAGCUUGUCCAUUGUUUGCAACAGAGUAAAACUGGUUUCUAAGUUGUA